AGAGCGCGUGGAAGGGGGCGCCUAAACCCGCAGCCUAUUUCCUUACCACAAUCUCACGUCGCAGCUCAACAUUCAGCUGUACUCUACUGUACUCUACUGUACUCAAGUCUCUUCGGAGAGAAGGACAAAGAGACUGUGCAGAUUUGGGGAAAGAGAGGGAGCGCGAGAAUGAAAAACAAUGAAGAUAAUUAGCUGUGUUUUUAACCAAACUGACCAACUGCACUACUACUUGACCUGUGGCCAGUGACCGGUGUCCGGUCUCCCUCCAUUCCACGCGGGUCUCACUAUUCGCAUUUCGUUCUUCGGACGUAUAUUGACCCACUGUAAAUAUGCGGCGCAAAACGACAUGGAAGUAUUAUUGUUGUGACGUUUUGGGAGGCGAUCUUCCGUUCCUGAAAGGCCAGUAUUUUUGUUUAUCAGCGUUGUCUGUGUGUUUAUUUUUGUUUACUUUUGUCAACGCGGAGGACUGCCCGUUUUCUUGUGUCUGUGCCAGAGACAACGGGACGAUUACCUGCAGUGACGGCUGGGACACCGAGCUACUGGGAGACAUACCCGCGUGGACGACAACGUUAAUACUCACGAGGAACAACAUUUCAACUUUACACACAGGAGCAUUUUCCUCAAAUAACGGGACGUCUCUUCAGCUAACGACCCUCUCUCUGUCACAUAAUGGAAUCGUGGCAAUCGAGGCUGACGCUUUCAUUACACUUUCCCGGUUGCGUUUGUUGGAUUUGAGCCACAACCGGUUAACUUACAUAUCAGACCGAGCGUUUCACGGUUUGUACGAGCUCAGUUCUCUUUAUCUGAAUGACUCGCUCCUCUCGCCAGCAGUGGAGCAACUCCCGAAUGCUCUGCAUGGCACCGACACCUUACGCAACCUCCACCGGCUGGAACUAUCGGGUAACCGGCUGAAAGCCAUACCCAUUUCAAGGCUGGACAGGUUUAAACUCCACACGUUAGUUCUCACCAACAACUCAAUCGAGAACAUUGGUAAAGAGAACGUAUCCAGCUUGUACCAGCACACGAGUGUGCGUGUCUAUUUAUCAUUAAACCCGUUCAGGUGUAACUGUGAGCUGGAGUCAUUCUAUUUCUGGCUAAAGAACUCAACUCAGUGUUCGGACGCAGCGCGCCUCAUGUGCGCCGAACCCGAGGCCAAGAAGGGAAUUCCUGUGGAGCGGUUACGCGCCGAGGACGUCAAUUGUCUCAAUGAGAACUUAGAGGCGGUUUCUUACGUGUUCCUCGGGGUGGUCCUCGCUCUGAUUGGGAUUGUGUUCCUCAUGGUGCUCUAUCUGAACCGAAGGGGCAUUAAACGGUGGCUCAACAACAUCCGCGAAGCGUGCCGGGACCAGAUGGAGGUGUACCACUAUCGUUAUGAACAGGACUCCGAUCCUAGGCUGGCUAACGUCGCAGUUUGAAGUUAAUAGUCACUCAUCAAUCUAUGCCAUUAUCAAAUGAAGAAAAAAAAUAACUAACCUACGUUAUAAACUGUCGAUGACCUUUCAAGUUUUUAUCUGAUAUAGCCUACACUAUAUUGUUAAAACGUAGGCAAUUGAAUUGAAAAGCAACGGACGGAACGGACCUUAGAAAUAGAAAUUAGCAUUUCUGUAAAUAUACCAUUUACAACCUAAAAUAUCAGAUAUGCUUAUCUUCUAUCAUACAGUCACAUGAAACUAACAUUUGAAUGUAUGUUAGAUCGCUUGUGUAACUUAGCUGAAUCAUGCAGAAGCUUCAACUGGAGAAAUAGUCUGAGUUUCGUUUACAAAUUAUUCUAACCUACUGUAUCAGUAGAUGGAGAAAGGUAAAUGUCUAAACUGGGAUAACAGUAGAAAGUUCUCCGUUAUUUAAAUCAAAUGGAAUGGUGGAAAUAUGUUUUAGUUCUGUACCGGGCACUCGACAAUAAUGUCACAUUAACAGGAGAUAAUUGUGACACGCAUGAUGCAUACAAAACCUCAGAGAGUUUGUUUCUCUUGUACGUAUAUUUGUGUGUAUAUAUGUAUGUGCCUCAAGAAAUAAUGAAGGAAAGUGAGAAAGAAAGAAUAAAAGAUGUGGACAAACUAGAUGGGCUUCACUGGCUUGCGUCCAUGUGGCAACCCUACACACACAGAGUGUUUCCUAAAGCCAAACUGAAGUGUUUACUUAUGCCAAACUAGUGGCAACUGAGCCCACCAAUUCGAAGUACACGAAACUGGAGUACUGACACACAAUUAAGUGUUUUGAAACAUUACAUGGUGGGUUGUAACUGCACUUUCUCAAGUGUUGUGCAACACCUUGCCUGGGACUGGGAGCACAACUUGAAAAUGUUGAAGAUACUAUUUAUGAAUAGUAUAUCAGACUAAAGCCUCUAAAAGCUGUUAUGGUGUUUCACAACCUAGCUAGUAGCCUAUAGAAUUAAAGGUACAUUGCUUAGAAUUUUUAUUUUAAAACGUAUAAUGUUAAAUUUUGCAGUUCUACAUUAGUUGCAAUCUGUUACCCCAUCCCUGUUUAAGGUAUACAACAAAGUUAUUUAUAGAAAUAAAACCAAUACUCAUUUGACU